ACUCAAAUCGUAUUCACACCAUGUCAGACUCACUCACUUCAACCAAUUUGGAUAGUAUCUUGCCAUUGAUAGCCAGAGGUAAGGUUAGAGAUAUUUAUCAAGUUGAUAACGACACUUUAUUGUUUGUUGCUACUGAUAGAAUUUCUGCUUACGAUGUUAUAAUGAGUAAUGGUAUUCCAAACAAGGGUAAGAUCUUGACCAAAUUGUCUGAAUUUUGGUUCAACUUUUUAGGUGAUGCAAUUCCAAAUCAUUUGAUUUUAUCCAAUAACGAUGAUGAACAUUUAUUUGCUAAAUUGCCCCAAGAAUUAUCUCAACCAAAGUACAAAGCUCAAUUAUCUGGCAGAUCCUUGCUCGUCAAGAAAUUGAAAUUAAUUCCCUUAGAAGUUAUUGUUAGAGGAUUUAUUACCGGUUCUGCUUGGAAAGAGUACAAGAAAUCUGGAACCGUCCACGGUUUACCUGCACCAGAAGGUUUAGUAGAAUCUCAAGAAUUCCCAACCCCGAUCUUUACUCCUUCUACUAAAGCUGAACAAGGUGAACAUGACGAAAAUAUAUCCCCUGAACAAGCAGCCAAGAUUGUCGGCCAAGAAUUGUGUGACAAGUUAGCUAGUAAAGCUAUUGAACUUUAUUCCAAGGCUAAGGAAUUUGCUAAAACCAGGGGAAUUAUUAUCGCCGAUACAAAGUUUGAAUUUGGAUUAGAUGCUCAAGAUAAUGUAGUUCUUGUUGAUGAAGUAUUAACCCCUGACUCUUCAAGAUUUUGGAAUGCAAAAACCUUUGAACUUGGUAAGUCUCAAGACUCUUAUGAUAAACAAUUCUUGAGAGAUUGGUUAACUUCCAACAAUCUUGCCGGUAAAGAUGGAGUUAAAAUGAGUGAAGAAAUUGCAAUCAAAUCUAAAGAAAAGUAUAUUGAAGCUUAUGAAAGUUUAACUGGAGAAAAGUGGGUUGAUUAGACUAUAUAUUAACGAUAAUUCUUUCGAAGGUAAACCUCUUCAAAUUCUGGGGUAUGUCUCUUGUCUAAAUUUAAUCGUUCUCGUUCAUCAGUUACUCUUUUCUUGAUGGCACCUUGAUAUCUGAUGGGUGAUGUCCUAUGAUCUAUAUCUUCAUUAUUUCUGUUUUUCAAGGGAGUUCUCCUGGCCUCUUCAAAUAAUUCCUUAGGACCUCUAGGUUUAGGUGAUUGAACUUCAGCAUGGUAAACUCGGGGCGAUUGUUGUGCUAAAUUCUUUCUAUAUUCGUUAUUAAGUAUCUCCUUAACUCGUUCUUGAACUUCUUGUUCCACCACCAAUUUGAAUUCUCGCUGAUAUCCUAAUCUUACUUCUUUUGCUUCUAGGUCCAUGGCUCUUUUCUUCAAUUCAAACUCUUCUCUUAACUCAUCUUCAAGCUUUUUAAGAUAUUUCUUUUGGAUAAUCAAAUUCUGGUCCAAUUCUUCUUUUUGAGUCAAUAAUUUUCUUUCGAUGCCAUUCAAGUUGAUUUCCUUCUUUUUUAAUUCUUCUGACUUGGUCAACAAUUGUGUUUGGAAUUCAUUUAAAUUAGAAGUAGUCUCUUUUAAUUCCAUUUCCUUUCUAAUAAACCUGAUCGAAAGUGAUUCCAUAAGAUCAAAACAUGAAGGACGUAAGUCUGGAUCAACCGUAAUACAUUCCUUUAUAAUCAUUUUAAGCUGAGAAGAAUAAGUAUCUGGUAAAUCGGGUAUUACCCCUAAUUUAAUCUUGCUUUGUAAUUGUAAAUGAGUCUUGGCUUGAAAUGGAGGUUGUAAACUACACAUUUCAUAUAGGACACAUCCUAAUGACCAGAUGUCACACACGGCAGAAUACGGAUUGUCAAUCAAUACUUCUGGCGACAUAUAGUAAGGAGUACCAACAUAGGUCUUUGCGAAAUCAUUCUUCGAGGUCAACAUCUUGGCUAAUCCAAAAUCUCCUAGUUUAACAGUUUUACCUGAGUUUAUCAAGAAUAUGUUAUCAGGCUUUAUAUCUCUAUGUAUAACAGCUUCCCCUUUAACAUUCGGCAGUUUACUACUUCCAAACAAGUUGACUUUUGGUGCAUCUUGUCCAUAAUGACAUCGAUACAAUGCUAAUAGAGUUUGAACUAAAACUUGCCAUAUAAAUUCUUCCGGUAUGGACUCCUUAUUCUUUUUAAAAUUGGAUAUAACUUUGGCUAAAUCUCCACCAUCACAAUAUUCCAUAUAUAUAUGAAUUGACUUUCGUUCGGGUAAAUGUUCGUCAUGAUAAUACUUGACUAUGUUAGGAUGGGUUAGUUCACGUAAGAUUCUCAAUUCAGAAACAAGUUGUUGCUUUUCAUGAUCAUUCAUAGAAGUAUAUUCAAUUUCCUUACGAACAAGGAUUUCCCCCGUGGUUUUAUGACGAACUUUUCGUACAGUACCAAAGGAUCCUUUACCAAUUAUUUCUAAUGCAUCAUAUUCAGAAGAUAUCAUGGUGAGGUAGUGAUAAAGUAGCUGUUCUGAUUACCUUGAUUUGGCUAAUUCAGAC